CAUUUUGCAGACAUCUCUCUCUCUUCCCCACUCUCUCUCACACAUUUCCCCCUAAACACAUACUAACAGAGAGAGAGAGCAAAAAAUCUCCGAUCAAAAAACGAAUUAACAAUGGCUGCUGCUUUGCCGAACACCACCGCCUUCUCCUCCAAAUCCGCCAUCCAAUCCCAAGCUCUCCUCCCCGGCGUCUCCCAUUCCCCCUCAUUCACCUGCGCCCCGGCCUCCGGCGCCGCUCGCCGCCACAUCUCCGCCGUGCAUGCGGCGGAGCCGGCGAAGGCUCCCGUGGUUGCGGCGAAGCCGGCGGCGGCGACUUCCUCCGCCGCCAAGUGGACGCCGGAGACCUGGAAGACGAAGAAUGCUCUGCAGCUCCCUGAGUACCCCGAUGCGGCGGAGCUGGAGUCGGUGCUCGACACCAUGGCGGCGUACCCGCCGCUGGUGUUCGCCGGAGAGGUGCGGAGCCUCGAGGAGCGUCUCGCGGAGGCGGCUGUUGGAAAGGCCUUCCUGCUCCAGGGCGGCGACUGCGCUGAGAGCUUCAAGGAAUUCAGUGCUAACAACAUUCGUGAUACCUUCAGGAUUCUUCUCCAGAUGAGCGUCGUCCUCUCCUUCGGAGGUCAAUUGCCGGUUAUCAAGGUUGGGAGGAUGGCUGGGCAGUUUGCCAAACCAAGAUCGGACCCUAUGGAGGAAAAGGAUGGAGUGAAGCUGCCGAGCUACAAGGGCGAUAACAUUAACGGUGACGCCUUCACUGAAAAAUCAAGAAUCCCGGAUCCUAACAGGAUGAUCAGGGCCUACUGCCAGUCUGCGUCGACCCUUAAUCUUCUCAGGGCCUUUGCCACCGGAGGUUACGCUGCAAUGCAGAGAGUUACUCAGUGGAAUCUUGAUUUUGUCGAGAACAGUGAACAGGGCGACAGGUAUCAAGAACUAGCUCACCGGGUUGACGAAGCCCUGGGGUUCAUGGAGGCUGCUGGACUCACAAUUGACCACCCUGUGAUGUCGACAACUGAGUUCUGGACUUCCCAUGAGUGUCUGCUGCUUCCUUAUGAACAGGCGCUCACCCGUAAAGACUCAACAACUGGUCUCUACUACGGCUGCUCAGCCCACAUGCUCUGGGUCGGUGAACGUACCAGACAGCUCGACGGUGCACAUGUUGAAUUCUUGAGAGGAGUCUCUAACCCUCUCGGUAUCAAGGUGAGCCAGAAGAUGGACCCGAAGGAACUUACUAAACUCAUCGACAUCUUGAACCCAACCAACAAACCUGGAAGAAUUACUGUCAUUGUCAGAAUGGGCGCUGAGAAUAUGAGAGUCAAGCUUCCUCAUUUGGUGAGGGCAGUCCGUGGAGCCGGCCAAAUCGUAACCUGGGUAUGCGACCCUAUGCAUGGAAACACCAUCAAGGCACCUUGCGGACUCAAAACCCGUCCUUUUGAUGCAAUCUUGGCUGAGGUGAGGGCAUUCUUCGACGUUCAUGAGCAAGAAGGCAGCCACGCCGGUGGAAUCCAUUUGGAGAUGACUGGACAGAACGUGACAGAGUGCAUUGGAGGAUCACGGACUGUGACAUUCGACGAUCUGAGCUCGCGCUACCACACCCACUGCGACCCGAGGCUGAACGCGUCGCAGUCCCUGGAGCUGGCCUUCAUCGUCUCGGAGAGGUUAAGGAAGAAGAGGAUGGCAUCUCACAGUCUCCUGUCUUAAAUUUUGAAUGUGAAUCCGCCGAAAAAGCCCAGAUAAAAAUUACAACAACCUGCUCACCUACUCAAAAUGUGUCUGUUCUGUUGUAGAAGUCAUGUCGAAUUUAUGUUUCUUUUGUGAACUUACAGUCUGAAUUAUUAUUGAAUAAGUCAUGUGGUUGCCUUCA